UACUCAUCUUUUGUCUUGACAGGUUUAACUUUCUCUUAAUUGUAAUCAACUUGAUUUUUUGUAAUAAAUUUUCAUUAGUUAAUUGAUUAUUUUUGAAUUUGUUACUUUUAUUGUGAUUGUGGUUUGUUUAAAUUAUUUCCAUUCUAUCAAAAUGCCUGUUGAAGUAUCAAAAAAUGAGCAACAAUCAAUUGAUCAAGAAAUUGAGAAGAAAAAUGAUUUGGAAAACAAGAGAACAGAAAAUUUGGUUGUUACACUUGAAGAAUCAUUUUAUCCACAACCAGUGAUCGAUUUAUAUUACAAAAAUCAACUUGAAGAUGCGACCAAAUUUUGUCAACGUUAUAUGGACGAAUCAAUUUACUAUGCCUUCACUAAAUCUCUAUUUGAUUUCAUGUCAGCCAUUUUCACUUUGGAACCGGCUCAACUAGAAAUUGGUAAGAAGUCUCUUCGUCAAAUAGCAAAUUUGAUUAACAAGAAGCGUCGUGCAAAUACAUUGAUGGAAAGUUUAAGUUCUUGGAUUCGUAAAGUUGAUUACAAUCAAUACACCGAUGAGCAAAUUCAUGCUGAAUUACUUUAUUGUGUCGUUGAAUUUUUAUUUACCCUGUUAAAUGUUUUCUCCGACCAGAGGAUAAUCACUUUAAUCCGAAGUGCAUUGGCCAUUCGUUCAUCUAAUCAAUUGCUCAAGACAUUGGAAGAAAUUAUGAAGACUCGAACUGAAUUUGGUUCAGAGAAAAGUGAAAUUAACUUUAGAUCUGGUGUUCUCAUUCUUGCUGGAACAAUGAACUUGUUCGUAUCAAUGUUACCCGAUAAAGUACUCAAAGUAUUGCAUUUCUGUGGAUUUGCAGGGGACCGACGAGUCGCUGAAGCCUAUUUGAAAGAAGGACUGAGAACCCGCUCAUGUAUAAUAAGUGAAAUGGGAUCAUUGGGUAUCUCUGGUUUCUAUCUUAACAUAGAACCAAUAAUGGGUGUUCAAAAUAUCAAGUUUGACUUGAUUGAAUCUUUCAUAAUUGAGGAAUUCAAUCAACAUCCAAAUUCAGCUUUCACUGUUUAUUUUUAUGCAAGAUACAAUGAAUUAAAGGGUAACCUAAAAGACGCUGUUCAAUAUUAUCAAAAGUCAAUCUCACUUUGCACUGAAUGGAAACAAGUUCAUAAUAUUUGUCGAUGGGAAAUGGUUUGGUGUUAUGCAUUGUUAAACGAUUGGCCCAAUGCAAUUAAAGAAGCAGAAACUUUAUCCAAGACAUGUUCCUAUUCACCAGCAACUAAUGUUUACCAAUAUGCUACAUUUAAGUUAAUGAUGUAUGAAGAAACCAAGGAUGCUAAGCUUAAGAAAGAGAUUGAUGAAGCCAUGAGAAAAGUUCCAGAACUCAAGAUUCGUUUUGCUGGUAAAACAAUUCCUCAGGAAAAAUUUGCAGUUACAAAGGCAGCACUUUACCUUAAGGACAACAAACGAUUGGUGUUACCUGCCUAUGAACUUUUCUACUUUUGGAAUGUUUUUACCAACGUCGAGGAAAAACCAGAACUUCUUGAGCCCAUGUUGACAAAGAUCAAUUCAAAACUUGAUUCUCUUGAAAAGGAUGAAAAAGAUAAUGAAUAUCUCAUCGAUUUAAGAGCAACUCUACUUCUGAUCAAAGGAACAAUUCUAAGAUAUAUGAACAAUAUCUCUGGUGCAAUCGAGUGUUUCAAAGAGAUUCUUGAUAAUGAGGAUUUACUCUCAGAUGACACUUACCUUCCACCUUAUGCAUCCAUGGAAAUGGGACUUGCAUACAUGAAGCAAGAAAAGUUCGAAGAGGCCAAAGAAUGGCUUCUAAAAGCUCGUGAUAACUACCAUAGAUUUUUCGUUGAAGCUUUGGCACAUAUCAGAAUUCAUGCUGCUCUACGAUACAUGACAUCGAAAGAGGAAGAAAAUAAUAACAACAAAUCGAUCGCCAACGGAAACAAUGGUCAAUAGAACUGAAAUGAGUUUCCAAAAUGGACAAGCGAACUUUUCGAUUAUUUCAAACUUUCUCUUUUCGUUGGAAAAAAAAUUUUAAAUUCUCAACCAAAACAUCCAAAUUACUGUUAAUCUCAAUCAGUGCAAUUGUUUUUUUUCUACUCUUCUUUUCCAACAAUCAACCAACAAUUUACAUUCCAAUUUUUUCGAUGACAUUGAUGACAAUGAAAUCUCAACAUCACGAGCAAUACAAACUCUAUGUGAACUACUCAUAUAUAUUUUUCCUUAAUCACAAUCAAUCAUUUACCUCUGAUUAUUAUUAUUAUUAUUGUUAUAUUUUUGUAUAAUGAUCAUUUGUAAUUCCUAAUUGUUUGGGAAGAUUUGUAAACAAUUUAACAUUAAUCAUUGUAACGAUAUAUGAACACAGCAUCAAUUUCAUUGGCUGGUCCUUUAAACGUCUUACCUGUAAAAUUAAGCUAAAGACUGGGAAACAAUUAACUGUAAAUCUAAUUGUUUCAACUGCAAUUUAUAACUAAAUCAAAUCGUAACAAUCAAUUUCCUAUAAUUAUCCCAAUUGAUAAUCUUUAAAAUUUCAAGUAAAUUGAGAAACAAAUUUUGUUUUUCACCAAAUCAA